GAGAAAAAUGUCACAUCGUGGUAUUGUUCAUGAAUCUCUUCAACAACAGGAUGAGAGACGUCUUCCUUUUUGUUUGACUGAUAAUGAAUUGUUGUGCAAAAACCAAUGUGGUUUUUACGGCACCCCGCAAUGUAAAGGACUUUGUUCUCAAUGCUGGAAGAAUUAUCAACUCGAAAAUAAACGUCUGUAUGACUACAACAAAAACAAAGAAUUGUUGAGGAAGGAAACGACUGAAAGAAAUAUUAGUAGCAAGACUUCUGAUGUUAGGCAAACUUUUCGAACGCUUUUGAAGAAGUCCCCUUCAGUUUUUUCAAACGACCAAUUAACUUCUCAACAACAACAAUCAUCUUCUCUCAAUAUGGCUCCUACAAUUUUGGAUGAAAGGUCCUCAAGUCCAGACUCUAGCACAGCAUUAGCCGAUUUUCAAAAAUAUUUGUCUUCAACCUUUUCCUUUGCCGAUGCAAAAGAGUUGGAAAAACAAUGCCGUAUAUUUAUUGAAAAAUUGGCAAAGGAUGAAUUAGCUCCAAUCGAUGACUUGUCGAAUUCUGUCCAAUCAUUUUACCAAACAAUGAGAGAUGAAAUAAAUAAAAUAAAAUCGCUACCUCAAGACCUUAAUUUUGCAAAAUUUAUGACUGAAAUUGAAACUUUUGUUUGUGUAACUGGUUAUCAUAUACUUUUUGGUUCGAGAACCGAGGAGGAAACAGAAGAUUUAAGUUUACAAACAAGAAUACGUUCAUUAAAUUGGGUAACAAAUGGAUUUUUGGAAACUGCUUUGGAUGAGUCUUCUGCACAGGUUCAGGAAUAUAUGGAUGAGGCAAUAACUGAAAUUGUGGAUUUGAACAGCCAACGUUCUGUUGUUAAAAAAAUGGAAUGCCUCGUUCGAUGUUCAAAAAACAUUUUCAAUGCUCUCAAAGAAAGCCGUUUUGGCGCCCCAGCAAGUGCAGACGAAUUUUUGCCAGUUCUAAUUUUAAUUGUGUUGAAAGCAAACCCUCCAUUAAUUCAGUCAAAUUUAAAAUUUAUUUGUCGAUUUGGAUUACCUUCAAGACAUAUGCGUGGAGAAUAUGGCUAUUAUUUUACAAAUUUGAGCAGGUUUGGAAAUUUUUUUAAUUUUUUAAAAAGGUUUUUCCGAUAA